UACUGGCUCCCGCCCUCGCGGCCUAGCUGGAGCCUGGGGAGGUAGCUGGGCCUGGCCUGGACCCCUCCCCGAGGGGGCCCCGCCCCGGGCUCCUUGGACCGGGGGUGGCCGGGAGGUCGACGCGCAGUCUGGUGUCCUGCGUGAAGUGCCGGGAGAGCGAAAGGCCUCGGUUCCCUCGCGCCCACGUCCCGGAACUGGGGCGAGUGGAUGGGACACUGGGCCCCGGCAGCCGCCGGCUCCUUGCGUGCAUGGAGCCCUUUUGGCCCUGCGGAGCACACCCCGAAGACUACGGCUCGGCUUCAGUCGGCGCGUCCCAGCGGGCGGGAUCCCACCCCCAGCCCCAGGCUUGCGCAGACUUCUGCGGGGAACCCGCGCUCCCGCCCGUACCUAGCGCACGCUCACUGCGCCUUGAGUUCCUUCCAGUCCCCGACAAAACCCACCUCCUACCCAGGUGGGAAGGCCCUAGUUAGGGGCCCUGGAGGAUUUGUCCGCCUUGUGCCUUGUGUCCGGGGUCAGAGGUCAGCAGCAAAGGAGCUGAUUCCUGCUGAGUCAUGGGUGGGGUGGGACGGGUGUCCCUCCCUCUCUCCCUUCAGGCAGGCGUUCAGUAGGCAGAUGUGUGAGGGGGAACGCCAUUGGGGCCCUGUCAGGGGCUGGAGAGGGGCCGCUGGCCAGUCCACAGUUCAAGGGUGUGCACGGUGAAAGGAAGAAAAGCAGUGGGCUUAGGGCUGUUGCUGUGUGAGGCCAUGCAGGGCCCCCUGGCGUGGGCACGCAGGAGGGCACCCCCUUCCUGAUGAGUACUGCCUGCUACGGUGGUUCCUGGGUGCCUUGGCACUGCCCUCCUCCCCAUGGCUACCAGCCUGGACGGUUUCUGUUAACUCCCCUUCCUAGUGGGGUUGGAGCACAGGAUCCCUCCUGUGUUCCCCCAGCUUGGGAAGGACUCUUUCUCAAAUGUAGGGAGCACGAUCGUGCCCCCAGGCCCUGCCUGGUCCAGCACAGACCCCAUACCACGGAAUUCCAGUCUUCCCGCCCCCCACCCUCUGUCGGGUCCUGGGGGAGGCCCCACUACAGGCAGACCUGCACCUGGUACCCUGGUGCAGUCCGCCCCUGAGACCAGUACGGGCAUCUCUCGUGUAGCUGCGCGGAGUGAUGAGGGACGGCAGAUCUGGUUUCCUGCAGAUCCUCUCCCUGGUAGCAUGUCCCACCCCCACUGCACAUCCAGUUGGCCAGUCAGUCCCCAGGGAGAGUGGACAGGGAAGGCGCCUCAGGUCAUCGUGCACAACAAACAGUCUUGACCCCGACUCCGUCCAGUUCCCAGCUGUCUCCGAGCACCCAGUGACCCCGGCCGGUCAGCAGCACCCAGCCACUCCUGCAGACCGGGGCACACUGCACUCUGGCAGGACCAGCAUCCAGGAGCCUGGGAGCUAGGCGGGAUCUGAAUCCCGCUCAGUCCUGGCCCCAAGCAGUGGCUGGGGUUGGGGGGGCCGGGCCUGGGGCUCCUUCCAGGGUAGGAGGAGGACUAUUAUCCGGGCGGUUCAGGGAUUGGAGGUUCAUGACCCCUAGGGGUUCAGAAGAGUCCCCCCCCCCCACGGUGGCCUUCCAGAGCUCAUGGCCACUUCUGUCAGCCUAGGCCCCCUCGCAGGCCCCUUGGGGAGGCAUGUGGACUGGAGUGGACCAGGCAGCGUUCAGGUGUCCUCGUGAAGUGGGCACAAGGGGAGAGGCACAUAUGGAGCCUGGGAUGAGCCUGAUGGCCACAGCCGAGAGUUCAGGCUACAUCCAGAGCCAGGGGGCGGGGGGCAGCAGGGCCUGACCAGAGAUGGAAGACCACCCCCCGCGCACAGCCCUGGGCUGAGCCAUGCUGGACUCCAAGCUUGUGCAGUGAGAGGAGGCUGCGGCCGGAUCUGCCAGGGGCGUGGUUCCGGGAGUUUUAUCUAAGGCUCCUGGCCCCGACAUGGCCCGUCGCUCCCAGAGCUCCUCGCAGGGGGACAACCCGCUGGCUCCGGGAUACCUGCCGCCUCACUACAAAGAGUACUACCGCCUGGCGCUGGACGCCCUGGCCGAGGGGGGUCCCGAGGCCUACAGCCGCUUCCUGGCGUCCGAGGGGGCACCUGCCUUCCUGUGCCCGGAGGAGCUAGAGCACGUGAGCCGCCACCUGCGGCCCCCUCAGCAUGUUGGCCGCGAGCCCCCUGAAGGCAGCCCCCCCAACGCGGACAUGGAUGGCUCCUCGGGCACCUACUGGCCCAUGAACUCAGACCAGGCAGUGCCUGAGCUCGACCUAGGCUGGCCCCUGACCUUCGGCUUCCAGGGCACUGAGGUCACCACACUGGUGCAGCCACCCCCGCCGGACAGCCCCAGCAUCAAGGAUGAGGCUCGAAGGAUGAUUCGCUCUGCCCAGCAGGUUGUGGCCGUGGUGAUGGACAUGUUCACAGACGUGGACCUGCUCGGUGAAGUGCUGGAGGCAGCGGCACGCCGCGUCCCCGUCUACAUCCUCCUGGACGAGAUGAACGCGCAGCACUUCCUAGACAUGGCCGACAAGUGCCGCGUCAACCUGCACCACGUGGACUUCCUGCGCGUGCGCACUGUGGCGGGCCCCACCUACUACUGCCGCACUGGGAAGUCCUUCAAGGGCCACGUGAAGGAGAAGUUCCUGCUGGUGGACUGUGCCGUGGUGAUGAGUGGGAGCUACAGCUUCAUGUGGUCCUUCGAGAAGAUCCACCGAAGCUUGGCGCAUGUGUUCCAGGGCGAGCUAGUCUCCAGCUUCGAUGAGGAGUUCCGCAUCCUGUUCGCCCAGUCCGAGCCUCUGGUGCCCUCCGCCGGGGCGCUGGCCCGCAUGGACGCUUAUGCGCUGGCUCCGUACGCGGGAGCCGGGCCCCUUAUGGGCGGCCAGGUGACCGGGGCGCCGACCCCCUUCUCCUUCCCCAGACGAGCACACCUCCUGUUCCCACCGCCUCGGGAAGAGGGCCUGGGUUUCCCGUCCUUCCUCGACCCCGACCGCCACUUCUUGUCGGCCUUCCGCCGGGAAGAGCCAGCGCGGAUGCCGGGGGGAGCCCUGGAGCCGCACACUGGGCUGCGGCCGCUGUCGCGGCGGCUGGACGCGGAGGCGGGACUCGGGGGCGAGCCCGCGGGCCCGCGGGGCUUCUUCCAGGCCCGGCACCUGGAGAUGGACUCCUUCAAGCGGCACAGCUACGCCGCCGCCGACGGUGCAGGCGCGGUGGAGAACUUCGCGGCGGCGCGGCAGGUGUCACGACAGACGUUCCUCAGCCACGGGGACGACUUCCGCUUCCAGACCAGUCACUUCCACCGUGACCAGCUCUACCAGCAGCAUUACCAGUGGGACCCGCAGCUGGCGCCGGCGCGCCCGCAGGGCCUGUUCGAGAAGCUGCGUGCUGGCCGCCCGGGCUUCGCAGAGCACGAAGACUUCGCGCUAGGGCCCGGGCCCCGCUUCCCCGAGCUCGGCCCCGACGGACACCAGCGGCUGGACUACGUGCCGUCCAGCGCGUCACGCGAGGUGCGCCACGGCUCAGACCCCGCCUCGGGGCCGGGGCCCCGCGGCCUGGAACCCAGUGGGGCCCCACGCCCCAACCUGGGCCAGCGCUUCCCGUGCCAGGCGGUGGCGAGGCUGGGCCCGGAUGCCGCGCCCGACGCAGAGCCCGAGCACAGGGGUGGGCCCGAGGGGCGGGCGGGGCUGCGGCACUGGCGCCUGGCGUCCUACCUGAGCGGUUGCCAUGGCGAGGACGCCGGCGAAGAGGGCCUGCCGGCGCCCAUGGAGGCCGAGGCCUAUGAGGACGACGUUCUGGUGUCCGGGGGCCGAGUGGCCCCCGGGGACCUGCUCCCUUCAGCCUCCCGUGCACCCUUCCCGGCCAAGGGCCUGGUGCCUUGCUCCGGCGGCGGCGACAGCCCAGAGCGCGAGGGCCUGGAGGAGGCAGGUCUGGCCAAGCAGGACUCUUUCCGCUCCCGCUUGAACCCGCUGAUCCAGCGCAGCUCACGCCUGCGCUCCUCUCUGAUUUUCAGCGCUUCGCAGGCCGAGGUCGCCGGUGGGGCCACAGCGGCCACCACUGAGAAAGCGCAGCUGCUGCACAAAGAGCAGGCGGUCAGCGAGAUGCUGGGCCCCAGUGGCGAGGCCGUGCGCUCCGCCACUUCCACCAAGGUGGCCGAGCUCCUGGAGAAAUACAAGGGCCCGGCGCGUGAUGCUGGAGGGGUGGGGGCCCCAGUCACAGUCGCCAGCCACAGCAAGGCUGUUGUGUCCCAGGCGUGGCGGGAGGAGGCGGUGGCGCCGAGUGGGGCGGGAGGCGAGCGCCGCAGCCUCGAGAGCUGCCUGCUGGACCUGCGCGACUCCUUCGCACAGCGGCUGCACCAGGAGGCAGAGAGGCAGCCGGGAGCUGCCACGCUUACUGCCGCCCAGCUGCUAGACACGCUGGGCCGGAGCGGCGCCGACCGGCUGCCCUCUCGCUUUCUCUCCGCCCAGGGCCGCUCUGCCUCCCCACAAGGGCGAGUCAGCCCCCCGCUGGAGGGGCAUGGGCCACGCCAGGCACCUCACCCUGAGCCAAGAGGGAGCCCCACCUCUGCUUACCCUGAGCCAAAAGGAAGCCCCACCUCGGCCUAUCCCGAGCGCAGGGGUAGCCCGGUCCCCCCUGUACCGGAGCGCAGGGGCAGCCCGGUUCCCGCUGUACCGGAGCGCAGGGGCAGCCCCGUCCCCGCUGUGCCCGAGCGCAGGGGCAGCCCCAUCCCUGCUGUACCGGAGCGCAGGGGCAGUCCUGUCCCCGCUGUGCCCGAGCGCAGGGGCAGCUUGACCCUUACCUUCUCUGAGGAGUCUCCGAAGACUGGGACUGCGGAGGAGACGGCUGGCGGCCCCAUGGAAGUCCUGCGCAAGGGCUCCCUGCGUCUCCGCCAGCUGCUGAGCCCCAAGGGUGAGCGGCGCACGGAGGAAGAGGGCGGCUUCCCAGCGCCGCAGGAGAACGGGCAGCCGGAGAGCCCCCGGCGGCCGUCGCUGGGCAGGGCGGAUAGCACGGAGGCGGCCACCGGAGACGAGCGGGGCCCGCGGGCGCGCACGGCCUCCACCACGACCAACGCCUUGUACAGCAGCAACCUGCGGGAUGACACAAAAGCGAUUCUGGAGCAGAUCAGCGCCCACGGCCAGAAACACCGCGGGAUCCCCGCGGCGGCCCCGGGCCUGGCUCACAGCAGUCCUGAACUGGGCCGCUCCCCAGCUGCUGGCGGCCUGGCUCCGGAUAUGUCCGACAAGGACAAAUGCUCCGCCAUCUUCCGCUCGGACAGCCUGGGGACCCAAGGUAGACUGAGCCGAACACUGCCAGCAAGCGCGGAGGACCGCGACCGGCUGCUGCGCCGCAUGGAGAGCAUGCGCAAGGAGAAGCGCGUCUACAGCCGGUUUGAGGUCUUCUGCAAAAAGGAAGAGGCCGGAGCCCCAGGGGCGGGGGAGGGCACAGCGGAGGACGACACCAGGGACAGCAAGGUGGGCAAGUUCAUGCCCAGGAUCCUGGGUACUUUCAAAAAGAAGUGAGCCUCCUGCUGCCCCAGCCCCCGACCAGGCGCCUGCCUCACUGCCUCCCACCAGAAAAGAUGCCUGGCGUUCCCCAGGACUCGGGGUGGAAGCGGCGGUGGUGGGGCGCGGCCCCACCUGGAGCUCGCCCACUGCGGCCGUGGCCUGGCCUGGCUCCUCCCUCAUGCCACGCCUUACUCCUCCAGCUCCACCUCUGCCGCAGUGCCCCAACCGCCCCCUUCCUAGCAUCCCCGUCCACCAUCUCGGCUUCAGGGCUCCUCUAGACCUGCACUCACCUCAGGGCCUGAUCUUUUUGUGCCUUAGGUCCCCACCUUUUCGGGGGCCCAUCUUUUUGUGCCUCAGUCCCCCAUCUUUGGGGGCCCCAGAUCUCAGGGCUUCCGUGUCUCAGGACUCCCCUCUGCUCACUGCUCCCCUGCCCGGAUGCUUUGCCACUUUCCUGCGUGCCGGCAGCCCAGCCUCUCUCUCUUCCCCGGGCCAGCGUCUCCCCCUGCACCCCGCGGCUCCAGGCUCGCUUCCUACCCCGCUGCAUUCCCCCUCCCGGUCUCCCUCUCUGCCUCCUGGCACCCUUCUCAGUGGCCAUUCACUGGAGGGGGAUGGGGCAGAGCUGGUUCCGGCAGCUUGUGAUGGGGGUGGGAUAGACCCAGACCCAAAAGGGGUCCGUCUCAGGAAGCAUGGUCCAGGGGCUUGCUGAUGGGGCGGGGGGGUGGUGCCCAGGGGACUCCUGAGAGACCGUCCUGCCAGAACUGAGGCCGGCCUGGUGGCUCUUCCUGUGGGGCUCCAGCCAGCACCCCAGCCCCCGGCAAGGGCUGAAGGGCUGAAAGCCCCCGCGUUGGUAACACUCGGAAGCCGGGUCUGGAUGGAGGCUUGUACUUGAACCUGAGGGCGGGGGUCCGUGCAAGGCUGCAGGACCCCUUCACGUGUCCUGUUCUGGAUUCUUCCUGCUUUGUCACCAACCUGCAAAAUGGAAGUUUCCCCGCCGCCCGUUUCUGUAUCUCUUUCACCUCUGGACAGUGACUUUGAUUUGGAAUAACACGUUUUGACGCCACAUGCUUAGGAAGCGCCACUGUAAGGGCUAGCAUUGGGAAACUAGUAUUUCUGC